ACAAUCUUGGUGUGAAAUGCUAAUAAAAUAAAUUGAAGAUCAGUAAAGUGAAGACGGUGACCUGCAGACAAUGGCGGUCUCCCAAACCUCAGCGCAUCUUCUGCCGCUCUUGGUGGUUGGGAUCGCUUGUAUUUUCUCAUUGGCCUUAACAACUUCCAACACAACACAAGUUCAAUAUCUACCAACGCCUCACAACAGCACUGCUUCAACUCCAACCAAUGCUAUUCCUGGAUCUUGCCAAGGCGUAAAUCUACAGGAUGCCAGUCGCAGCAUUUCAAUGGCAGCUGAUGUGUUUCUAAGGGAUCUUACUUGUAAAAGGUCUGAUGCGAAUGCAAGCCUGUCAGAGGAACUGUUUCUGGAAAUGGAACAAAACAUCCGGCACUUAGUGGACUCGUCUUUAAAAGCUUUCUUGAUCCAGGGUGACAACCAAUCCAGAGGUGAUCUUCUGGACAUAUUUGGAGUCCUGGAAAGUCUAAGUCUGGGUGACAACCAUGACCCAACAUUCAUCAGACUGUGGUUCUCUCUGAAGAUGGCUCCUCUUUUGCCUUAUGUGGCUCAAAGCUUCUUAGUCCAACUGGGCAACCAGAACAUCAGCUGCACUUCUUACCAACAAAUGAUGGAAUCUAUGUCCACUGAACUUCAGAAAACUCAAGAUGUUGACAGGGAACUAAUCUACAGUAACUUCAUCAAAGUGUUCCUGUCAAGAAAAAACACCUCAGAGCCUGGAUGCAAAGACAAAAGUACAGGAAGUGAGGAAUGGCUGCAAAAAAACAUUGGGAUUUUUUUUGAAUUUGCAACUAUUAAGGAACUUAAAGAGAUGAACAAAAACUUCUCUGCCUUUGAAGUCCUGGAAAAACUUUCACUGCAACAAAAGGCCGAGCUAAUACUGGAUCCAGACAGCGGCGCUUUGGAGGAUGUCAACUUCGUGAGGGAGGUGCUCACCAGCUUGAAUCUGUCCGGCAAGGACGAACAGCUCAGUCAGUUCUUCCAGACGUUUGCACAAAUCAGCGAGAAGAAAAACAUUACCUUCAUCACAAACGCAGCUGUACGAGAAACCAUACUGAACAUAAGCCUGACAGCCCUUGCGCCUGCAUUAGAGGUCUUUGGAGCACAAGAAUUCCAGCUGUGGUUCCAAGUAUACCUUGUUCCUGUGAUGCCAAGCCUCCGUCCUGCCUACCUGUGGGUCAUUCCAAAGGACAUCAGCUGUGCAUCCUACAUGGCUAUUCUCACCGGUCUUCAGAAGACAUUGAAAUUCCCUCUCCCGCUGGAGCUGUCAGUGGGCGUCAAUUCAAGCAUCGCGUUCCUCAAAGACACUUUCCCACGUUGCUCGACACCAGAACCUUUCACGUGCAAGGAAACAGCUGUCGAUGAGAACCUCAUCUGCGCCGAGGUCAAUCGGUCACUAGUCCAACAAACACUGGCAGCCGACAACUCCUCCGCAGCCUUGUGCUCUUUUACCAUCACUGAACAUGCCUGCUCCAUGGCUGACCAGCUUGCGCCGCAAAACCUGGCCACACUGCUGAAAUGCUGGCUGGAAGCCAAACGACAUACCCUCAGGCCGGCCUUAUCGAACGCCCUUGAUGCCCUUAGAGAGGUGCGACUCGCCAACCUCAGUGACGCAGAACUACAGAGUAGGACUGUCAUUGGGGAUCUGGUCCAGAGAGUUAUUGGUCCGUUCUUGGCCUCCCCGUCCACAAACUUCCUGUUCUGCCUCAGCUCCUACAACUUCAGCUGCCUGACCUACCAGAUUGUCGUCAAGGAAUUGAGCAACCAAAGGCAGCUCAUGAACAGUGACAAGCAGCGAGCAGUCUUUACUUAUUUCAUCAAACCGUUCCUGUCACGAAAGGAGUCAUCGGAUCCUGGCUGCACCUUAUCCGCCAAUGGGAGUCAGGAUUGGCUACAGGCAAACCUCGGCAGCUUUGCUGGUUUUGCAACCGUCCAGGAUUUGACAACCUUCAACCCGCACCUGUCUCCCGUAAGUGCCAACGACGGCUUCCGAUGGAUUGAAAUAUUGUCAGAACUGGCUCCCUCUCAAGUGGCACAGCUCCUAAUAAGCACAGGGAGCUCAAACGACACAACCCUGAUUGAUUUAGCCUUUGAGCGACUUGAAAAGGGUGACGCUCUGGAAAACCUGGACAAAUUCCUCACACAGCUCACAGUCAAUGGACAGGCAACAGUCGUAGGCGUUCUCACAGAGCAACAGAAGGCCGAGCUAAUACUGGAUCCAGACAGCGGCGCUUUGGAGGAUGUCAACUUCGUGAGGGAUGUGCUCACCAGCUUGAAUCUGUCCGGCAAGGACGAACAGCUCAGUCAGUUCUUCCAGACGUUUGCACAAAUCAGCGAGAAGAAAAACAUUACCUUCAUCACAAACGCAGCUGUACGAGAAACCAUACUGAACAUAAGCCUGACAGCCCUUGCGCCUGCAUUAGAGGUCUUUGGAGCACAAGAAUUCCAGCUGUGGUUCCAAGUAUACCUUGUUCCUGUGAUGCCAAGCCUCCGUCCUGCCUACCUGUGGGUCAUUCCAAAGGACAUCAGCUGUGCAUCCUACAUGGCUAUUCUCACCGGUCUUCAGAAGACAUUGAAAUUCCCUCUCCCGCUGGAGCUGUCAGUGGGCGUCAAUUCAAGCAUCGCGUUCCUCAAAGACACUUUCCCACGUUGCUCGACACCAGAACCUUUCACGGCUGACCAGCUUGCGCCGCAAAACCUGGCCACACUGCUGAAAUGCUGGCUGGAAAGCCAAACGACAUACCCUGUAGAAGCGUGGAAGCUCUUCUUUCAGAAAGUUCCCUCUUCCCUCAAUGACACCCUGGAGACAUUUGCCACCAUGACCUCCAACAACAGCAGGCCGGCCUUAUCGAACGCCCUUGAUGCCCUUAGAGAGGUGCGACUCGCCAACCUCAGUGACGCAGAACUACAGAGUAGGACUGUCAUUGGGGAUCUGGUCCAGAGAGUUAUUGGUCCGUUCUUGGCCUCCCCGUCCACAAACUUCCUGUUCUGCCUCAGCUCCUACAACUUCAGCUGCCUGACCUACCAGAUUGUAUCCUGGCUGCACCUUAUCCGCCAACGGGAGUCAGGAUUGGCUACAGGCAACCUCGGCAGCUUUGCUGGUUUUGCAACCGUCCAGGAUUUGACAACCCUCAACCCGCACCUGUCUCCCAUUGAAAUAUUGUCAGAACUGGCUCCCUCUCAAGUGGCACAGCUCCUAAUAAGCACAGGGAGCUCAAACGACACAACCCUGAUUGAUUUAGCCUUUGAGCGACUUGAAAAGGGUGACGCUCUGGAAAACCUGGACAAAUUCCUCACACAGCUCACAGUCAAUGGACAGGUCCUACAGUUCCAGACGGUCGUCCGAGAUCAUGCGAUGACACGAGCCUUUUACAUCCUAAGGCUACAUUUCCUGAGCUUCAGCUCGCGAGAGUUGUAUCUUUGGUUCCACGAGAGACUGCUUACCAUCCUUGCCAGUUUCACUCCACAGAUGCUCAACAGUACCAUAUCAAGCAUGAGCUGCGCAAACUACCACAUCGUUGUGAGCGGGAUUGCCAAAGUGUUCCCUGCCAUACCCCUGCUUAGACGACAAGGAAUCGCUUCUGUUCUGCUGGCCUACCUACAAAACUCUACCAGUGUCACCAACAGGACAGCUUGCAGGAUGGGACUUGAGACUGAUGUUGAAUGGAUUGAAACAAACCUGGGACCCUUUUCUCAGUACACAACUUACUCUGACCUCAAAGCCUUCAACCUCUCCCAGGCAACAGUCGUAGGCGUUCUCACAGAGCAACAGAAGGCCGAGCUAAUACUGGAUCCAGACAGCGGCGCUUUGGAGGAUGUCAACUUCGUGAGGGAUGUGCUCACCAGCUUGAAUCUGUCCGGCAAGGACGAACAGCUCAGUCAGUUCUUCCAGACGUUUGCACAAAUCAGCGAGAAGAAAAACAUUACCUUCAUCACAAACGCAGCUGUACGAGAAACCAUACUGAACAUAAGCCUGACAGCCCUUGCGCCUGCAUUAGAGGUCUUUGGAGCACAAGAAUUCCAGCUGUGGUUCCAAGUAUACCUUGUUCCUGUGAUGCCAAGCCUCCGUCCUGCCUACCUGUGGGUCAUUCCAAAGGACAUCAGCUGUGCAUCCUACAUGGCUAUUCUCACCGGUCUUCAGAAGACAUUGAAAUUCCCUCUCCCGCUGGAGCUGUCAGUGGGCGUCAAUUCAAGCAUCGCGUUCCUCAAAGACACUUUCCCACGUUGCUCGACACCAGAACCUUUCACGUGCAAGGAAACAGCUGUCGAUGAGAACCUCAUCUGCGCCGAGGUCAAUCGGUCACUAGUCCAACAAACACUGGCAGCCGACAACUCCUCCGCAGCCUUGUGCUCUUUUACCAUCACUGAACAUGCCUGCUCCAUGGCUGACCAGCUUGCGCCGCAAAACCUGGCCACACUGCUGAAAUGCUGGCUGGAAAGCCAAACGACAUACCCUGUAGAAGCGUGGAAGCUCUUCUUUCAGAAAGUUCCCUCUUCCCUGAAUGACACCCUGGAGACAUUUGCCACCAUGACCUCCAACAACAGCAGGCCGGCCUUAUCGAACGCCCUUGAUGCCCUUAGAGAGGUGCGACUCGCCAACCUCAGUGACGCAGAACUACAGAGUAGGACUGUCAUUGGGGAUCUGGUCCAGAGAGUUAUUGGUCCGUUCUUGGCCUCCCCGUCCACAAACUUCCUGUUCUGCCUCAGCUCCUACAACUUCAGCUGCCUGACCUACCAGAUUGUCGUCAAGGAAUUGAGCAACCAAAGGCAGCUCAUGAACAGUGACAAGCAGCGAGCAGUCUUUACUUAUUUCAUCAAACCGUUCCUGUCACGAAAGGAGUCAUCGGAUCCUGGCUGCACCUUAUCCGCCAACGGGAGUCAGGAUUGGCUACAGGCAAACCUCGGCAGCUUUGCUGGUUUUGCAACCGUCCAGGAUUUGACAACCCUCAACCCGCACCUGUCUCCCAUUGAAAUAUUGUCAGAACUGGCUCCCUCUCAAGUGGCACAGCUCCUAAUAAGCACAGGGAGCUCAAACGACACAACCCUGAUUGAUUUAGCCUUUGAGCGACUUGAAAAGGGUGACGCUCUGGAAAACCUGGACAAAUUCCUCACACAGCUCACAGUCAAUGGACAGGUCCUACAGUUCCAGACGGUCGUCCGAGAUCAUGCGAUGACACGAGCCUUUUACAUCCUAAGGCUACAUUUCCUGAGCUUCAGCUCGCGAGAGUUGUAUCUUUGGUUCCACGAGAGACUGCUUACCAUCCUUGCCAGUUUCACUCCACAGAUGCUCAACAGUACCAUAUCAAGCAUGAGCUGCGCAAACUACCACAUCGUUGUGAGCGGGAUUGCCAAAGUGUUCCCUGCCAUACCCCUGCUUAGACGACAAGGAAUCGCUUCUGUUCUGCUGGCCUACCUACAAAACUCUACCAGUGUCACCAACAGGACAGCUUGCAGGAUGGGACUUGAGACUGAUGUUGAAUGGAUUGAAACAAACCUGGGACCCUUUUCUCAGUACACAACUUACUCUGACCUCAAAGCCUUCAACCUCUCCCAGGCAACAGUCGUAGGCGUUCUCACAGAGCAACAGAAGGCCGAGCUAAUACUGGAUCCAGACAGCGGCGCUUUGGAGGAUGUCAACUUCGUGAGGGAGGUGCUCACCAGCUUGAAUCUGUCCGGCAAGGACGAACAGCUCAGUCAGUUCUUCCAGACGUUUGCACAAAUCAGCGAGAAGAAAAACAUUACCUUCAUCACAAACGCAGCUGUACGAGAAACCAUACUGAACAUAAGCCUGACAGCCCUUGCGCCUGCAUUAGAGGUCUUUGGAGCACAAGAAUUCCAGCUGUGGUUCCAAGUAUACCUUGUUCCUGUGAUGCCAAGCCUCCGUCCUGCCUACCUGUGGGUCAUUCCAAAGGACAUCAGCUGUGCAUCCUACAUGGCUAUUCUCACCGGUCUUCAGAAGACAUUGAAAUUCCCUCUCCCGCUGGAGCUGUCAGUGGGCGUCAAUUCAAGCAUCGCGUUCCUCAAAGACACUUUCCCACGUUGCUCGACACCAGAACCUUUCACGUGCAAGGAAACAGCUGUCGAUGAGAACCUCAUCUGCGCCGAGGUCAAUCGGUCACUAGUCCAACAAACACUGGCAGCCGACAACUCCUCCGCAGCCUUGUGCUCUUUUACCAUCACUGAACAUGCCUGCUCCAUGGCUGACCAGCUUGCGCCGCAAAACCUGGCCACACUGCUGAAAUGCUGGCUGGAAAGCCAAACGACAUACCCUGUAGAAGCGUGGAAGCUCUUCUUUCAGAAAGUUCCCUCUUCCCUGAAUGACACCCUGGAGACAUUUGCCACCAUGACCUCCAACAACAGCAGGCCGGCCUUAUCGAACGCCCUUGAUGCCCUUAGAGAGGUGCGACUCGCCAACCUCAGUGACGCAGAACUACAGAGUAGGACUGUCAUUGGGGAUCUGGUCCAGAGAGUUAUUGGUCCGUUCUUGGCCUCCCCGUCCACAAACUUCCUGUUCUGCCUCAGCUCCUACAACUUCAGCUGCCUGACCUACCAGAUUGUCGUCAAGGAAUUGAGCAACCAAAGGCAGCUCAUGAACAGUGACAAGCAGCGAGCAGUCUUUACUUAUUUCAUCAAACCGUUCCUGUCACGAAAGGAGUCAUCGGAUCCUGGCUGCACCUUAUCCGCCAACGGGAGUCAGGAUUGGCUACAGGCAAACCUCGGCAGCUUUGCUGGUUUUGCAACCGUCCAGGAUUUGACAACCCUCAACCCGCACCUGUCUCCCAUUGAAAUAUUGUCAGAACUGGCUCCCUCUCAAGUGGCACAGCUCCUAAUAAGCACAGGGAGCUCAAACGACACAACCCUGAUUGAUUUAGCCUUUGAGCGACUUGAAAAGGGUGACGCUCUGGAAAACCUGGACAAAUUCCUCACACAGCUCACAGUCAAUGGACAGGUCCUACAGUUCCAGACGGUCGUCCGAGAUCAUGCGAUGACACGAGCCUUUUACAUCCUAAGGCUACAUUUCCUGAGCUUCAGCUCGCGAGAGUUGUAUCUUUGGUUCCACGAGAGACUGCUUACCAUCCUUGCCAGUUUCACUCCACAGAUGCUCAACAGUACCAUAUCAAGCAUGAGCUGCGCAAACUACCACAUCGUUGUGAGCGGGAUUGCCAAAGUGUUCCCUGCCAUACCCCUGCUUAGACGACAAGGAAUCGCUUCUGUUCUGCUGGCCUACCUACAAAACUCUACCAGUGUCACCAACAGGACAGCUUGCAGGAUGGGACUUGAGACUGAUGUUGAAUGGAUUGAAACAAACCUGGGACCCUUUUCUCAGUACACAACUUACUCUGACCUCAAAGCCUUCAACCUCUCCCAGGCAACAGUCGUAGGCGUUCUCACAGAGCAACAGAAGGCCGAGCUAAUACUGGAUCCAGACAGCGGCGCUUUGGAGGAUGUCAACUUCGUGAGGGAGGUGCUCACCAGCUUGAAUCUGUCCGGCAAGGACGAACAGCUCAGUCAGUUCUUCCAGACGUUUGCACAAAUCAGCGAGAAGAAAAACAUUACCUUCAUCACAAACGCAGCUGUACGAGAAACCAUACUGAACAUAAGCCUGACAGCCCUUGCGCCUGCAUUAGAGGUCUUUGGAGCACAAGAAUUCCAGCUGUGGUUCCAAGUAUACCUUGUUCCUGUGAUGCCAAGCCUCCGUCCUGCCUACCUGUGGGUCAUUCCAAAGGACAUCAGCUGUGCAUCCUACAUGGCUAUUCUCACCGGUCUUCAGAAGACAUUGAAAUUCCCUCUCCCGCUGGAGCUGUCAGUGGGCGUCAAUUCAAGCAUCGCGUUCCUCAAAGACACUUUCCCACGUUGCUCGACACCAGAACCUUUCACGUGCAAGGAAACAGCUGUCGAUGAGAACCUCAUCUGCGCCGAGGUCAAUCGGUCACUAGUCCAACAAACACUGGCAGCCGACAACUCCUCCGCAGCCUUGUGCUCUUUUACCAUCACUGAACAUGCCUGCUCCAUGGCUGACCAGCUUGCGCCGCAAAACCUGGCCACACUGCUGAAAUGCUGGCUGGAAAGCCAAACGACAUACCCUGUAGAAGCGUGGAAGCUCUUCUUUCAGAAAGUUCCCUCUUCCCUCAAUGACACCCUGGAGACAUUUGCCACCAUGACCUCCAACAACAGCAGGCCGGCCUUAUCGAACGCCCUUGAUGCCCUUAGAGAGGUGCGACUCGCCAACCUCAGUGACGCAGAACUACAGAGUAGGACUGUCAUUGGGGAUCUGGUCCAGAGAGUUAUUGGUCCGUUCUUGGCCUCCCCGUCCACAAACUUCCUGUUCUGCCUCAGCUCCUACAACUUCAGCUGCCUGACCUACCAGAUUGUCGUCAAGGAAUUGAGCAACCAAAGGCAGCUCAUGAACAGUGACAAGCAGCGAGCAGUCUUUACUUAUUUCAUCAAACCGUUCCUGUCACGAAAGGAGUCAUCGGAUCCUGGCUGCACCUUAUCCGCCAACGGGAGUCAGGAUUGGCUACAGGCAAACCUCGGCAGCUUUGCUGGUUUUGCAACCGUCCAGGAUUUGACAACCCUCAACCCGCACCUGUCUCCCAUUGAAAUAUUGUCAGAACUGGCUCCCUCUCAAGUGGCACAGCUCCUAAUAAGCACAGGGAGCUCAAACGACACAACCCUGAUUGAUUUAGCCUUUGAGCGACUUGAAAAGGGUGACGCUCUGGAAAACCUGGACAAAUUCCUCACACAGCUCACAGUCAAUGGACAGGUCCUACAGUUCCAGACGGUCGUCCGAGAUCAUGCGAUGACACGAGCCUUUUACAUCCUAAGGCUACAUUUCCUGAGCUUCAGCUCGCGAGAGUUGUAUCUUUGGUUCCACGAGAGACUGCUUACCAUCCUUGCCAGUUUCACUCCACAGAUGCUCAACAGUACCAUAUCAAGCAUGAGCUGCGCAAACUACCACAUCGUUGUGAGCGGGAUUGCCAAAGUGUUCCCUGCCAUACCCCUGCUUAGACGACAAGGAAUCGCUUCUGUUCUGCUGGCCUACCUACAAAACUCUACCAGUGUCACCAACAGGACAGCUUGCAGGAUGGGACUUGAGACUGAUGUUGAAUGGAUUGAAACAAACCUGGGACCCUUUUCUCAGUACACAACUUACUCUGACCUCAAAGCCUUCAACCUCUCCCAGAGCAACAGAAGGCCGAGCUAAUACUGGAUCCAGACAGCGGCGCUUUGGAGGAUGUCAACUUCGUGAGGGAGGUGCUCACCAGCUUGAAUCUGUCCGGCAAGGACGAACAGCUCAGUCAGUUCUUCCAGACGUUUGCACAAAUCAGCGAGAAG